AUGGCCACCCAAAUCAAGCAAGACCCAGAUGUACCUAUGAUCAAACCCGAUCCCGACUCGAAAGACGCUUCACUCACCGGCAUUUACGAUGAUGAUAUCUAUGAGGAUGCAGGAGAUUUGGACUUUUCAAAUGCUUCACAGAAUGUUUGGCUCUCACGCAUCCCGAGGUCGUUGUGGGAGAACUGGUCUCACAUCGACGACGAGGAGGAGGUAGAGCUGGGAACAAUCAGAAUCGAAGGGGACCCCAAAGAUAUUAAAAGAAUUAGCUUACGACUUCACGAUCGACCAGACAGCAAGGAUAUUCCAAAAGACUAUACGCUACAACGGCAGACUAUCGCUGCAUCUAAUUCUGCUCAAAAUACAUAUGUUUUCACCGAGAAGGAUCUCCCUGGAAGCGAAAACCGGAUGGUGGUUUUCGGGGAGGCGCGGUCUUCUCUAUAUGAAGCCAUGAAACGCGAUGCGAGAAAAAAGGAUCGCAAGAAGAAGUGGGAGCCUUAUAUCCGGAAAACCGUCCCAAAACAAACGGCCAUUGUAGGACGGGUCAGUGAGGAAUUCAAUUGUCUUCCAGUCGAGAAUGAGGAGUUUCGACGAAUAUCGGAAACGCGUGCUCUCCAGGCUCUCAAGCCUAAGCGUGAGACUGUCUUUAUUGACAAAAUACCCGGCAAGCUUCUUCAACAGAGGCAUGCGCUGCCUGGCACCCAGAGCACAUUUGUGCAAGCGACAGCUAAACCGGCUAAGGUGCGCGCUCAAGAGAACAAGACUACCCGUAUGCCGCAAAACGAGUUACUGGAUCUUAUCUACCAGUGCUUCAGGGAAUACAAGUACUGGCCAUUUAAGACUCUUAAGGCAAGGCUCCAGCAGCCUGAGGCAUACCUCAAGCAAACUCUGGAGAUGGUUGCGCACCUGGUUAAAUCCGGUGACUUUGCCAUGACGUGGGAGCUCAAGCCAGAAGCCAGGGAGAGCAAUUACGCGAAUGCCCUGUACCAAGAUGCCAAAGAAGAGCUGCCCCCAGGGACAGACUACAAUACAGAAGACGUCUCGGAAGAAGAUGGUGCAGAAGGAGACGAUAUGCAGUUUGAGAGUGUCAUCUAG